GAGCAGUCACGUGAAAUAAAAACAGGAAGCUGCUGCUUCUUUUAAGAAAAGACGCUAUCUGAGAAGAUGUAAAUAUUUUGAUCUCAUCGAUUUACUAUGCUAUGUUGUUGUUAUUGUAGCCGGACAAAUGAGUUUGCGUGCUGUGUGGAUUAUUUCUCAUGAAAAAGGAGAAAAUGCAUCAAUACGCUUUUCAAGGAGGUUUCCUACAGUGGAGCACCGGGCAGAAAGACUGGCAGGCUCUUCCUACGUAGCAAUCCCAGAAGAAAAGACUGUCCUGCAUCUCAUUCUUUUAGAGCUGGGUCUUUCCAGCCCAAACAAGUCUUUUGUGGCUCAAAGAGAUGAUUGCCUUUACCGUCCUAGAUCACCAGCUCUGGAGCUGCGUCUGGUGGGAAAGGGAACACUUUGGCCGGUCUUGUCCAUCUCUCAGGGGUCCCUCAUCCUGGCCUGCCUGCCAUUAGUGGAUGUUCCCUCUGAGCCACAGCCACCUCUUGCCAGCCUGUUGUCAGUGUCACAGGGUCUCACUUUUCUGGCAGGCUUGCAAACUUUCCUCCUUGGCUCAGGGGCCAGGCCUGAUGGUGAUGGGCUAGCCUCUCGUCUGGCAAUGUUGCCCUCUGUCCUACUGCAGGCCUGUCCACUUGGCACACCCCUUGAUGUUCCACUAGUGGGGGUACCUGCUGCACCAACAGUAGCCACCUCUUCUGGUUCCCAGAAGCUGCCGGCCUGGAAGACAGGCCUCCAUCGUGGUCGAACCACGGUAAAUGUAGCWGUGGUUGAAACCGUACGAUCCAUGCAGUAUGGUAACAAGAGCAGACAGGACUUGUGGGAUGUUUAUGGCACUGUUACAUGCAAAUGUGAAGUAGAAGGGGUGCUCCCAAAUGUGACAGUGCCCCUCUCACUGCCUCAGAACGGCUCGCCGCUGCAGGACAUCCUGGUCCAUCCCUGUGUAACCUCACUGGAUUCUAGUAUCCUCACAGCCAGCAGUGUUGAUAAUGUGGACGGCUCAGCUUUCUCUGGGCCCUAUAAGUUCCCCUUCUCCCCUCCUCUGGAGCCUUUCAGACUAUGCAGCUACACUUCUCAGGUCCCUGUUCCCCCCAUCUUUGGUUUGUAUCAGCUAACGGAAGAAGAGAAUCAGCUUCGUGUGUUUGCAUCCCUCAAACUUCAUGAAACAGUGAAGAACGUGUUUGAGUACUGUGAGGCACACCUGCCAUUCUUCAACAGGAACCAGAUUGGCAAUAUUGACACGAAGGUGAGCUCGGGACAAGUAGAAGUGACAAAGGAGAAAAACCUACUGAUCUGGGCUCUGGGUCAAAAGUUCCCAAAGUCUCGUGAGGUCACGUUGGAUGCCAAGAUAAGUUUUUCUGGACUCUCACCUGGACCCUCGGACCCUCUCUGCACUGGUCUUACUGCUUAUAUUAAGUUGUACUUUAAAGUGCCUGACACAACAUUGUCUGGGUGCUACGUGGACCAGCAUUCGGUUCAAGUUUAUUCUUCUGCCAAACCACGGAUUAUAACAUCCCGAGAACUUCUGUCCAAAGAGUACUUCAUAUGGAACUCAACUGGUGAUGCUCCGGUGUCCAGUGGCCAGACGACGGUGUAGCGUGGAUCCAUGAGGAGGAGCAUGGUGGAAAGGUGGUGCAACCUCAGCCAAGCACAUAUCRUGUCAUGUGACCAACUUGCACAGAUUCACAGACGUUGUGUUGGACUGAAAAGGCUUCUUAAAAUAAGGACAUUUAGAGAAAUAACACAAUAAAUAUGUUUGGAUUUAUUAUUUUUUUCUUGAAUAGUGGCCAGUUUGUUGAUAGGUCACAAUUUUGAAAAAGACAAAACAAACCCUCCUUCUGUAGUUCAGCUCCACCCCCCAACUUUCCAUCAAAUUUGCAGACACAAGGCCACCCCUUGCUCUGACAGUCCCACUUGAGUGACUCUCCAUCAGCCGUAUAAUUAGCAGCUGGGGCCUUGUCAUCAGCUGCUGUAGGCCUGAAGGAGAGGGGCGGCUGGACUGUGAGAGCCCAAGCUGCCCCGGCCAGUAUCUUGGCUACAAAGGGCUUCUCUUUCUCUUUUUUUUUUUUUUUUUUUUUUUUUUUACUGGCAGGACUCCUUCCCCUCACCAAACUCCCCCACCACCCGUAUCUUUGGCCUGUCAACUAGUGGCGGUUUCAAACACACAACCUCUCCAAGCAGACUGAUUGAGCACUAACCCUUUGGCCCUCAGAGACUUAAAAGCAGCUGGUCCCUUUCAGUGAACAGGACCUGCCUAAUUGGUGAAAAAGUCACAAGAAUAGUCAUGGUUGAGUUCCUGUUUGAGGUUGAAGAGGUACUUUCAGUCAUGUAAUGUUAGAAUGUGCUGAAUCUGAUUUGCCCUCACUUGAUUCGACACAAUUUGAUGCCGAGCGGAGGAACAAAAACCCCUCAAAAGUGAAUGUUUCAGGUGAUGUCUGUUUAUUGUGGGUAUGUUAUCAGAGUUAACCCAGUCAUGCUAUUUUACUACACAUCUCGGUUUAUUAAGCAGAAUAAAUAGCUAGCUGAAGUCGGGUUAAAUCAAAGGAGAUUGGGCUCCACAUUUCCACAGCAGCCAGUCUCCUCUGAGUGGCCUCAUUGUCUGCCGUUGGCCUCUUGUGCCCCUUGCUGGUCCAAAUGCUACAUUCUCACGUGGAUUUCCACUCAGAAGGCUGACCAUGACCAAUCCUCUGUCAAUUGGAACCAAUUGCUCACACGGAAUCAUUCACCUUCUUUUUAUGUAGCAGUAUGGAGCGGCAGACACCAAGACCUCAUGAGUCUCCCCCGACCUCCGCAAUAAUUUGGCUUUAAGGUCCAGUGUGUGGGGCUAGCGAACUGGAAAAGGAGAUGUUUUUUUUUAAAGAGUUGGGCCGGCCUAGAUCUCCUGGGUGUUGCUAUAUGUGGUCAGUCUGGCUCCUCAAGUCAAGUCUUACUGGCUGACUUUGCUUUGUUGAUUCGAUAGCUUUUUAAGUAGAUCAUUUGAAAGAGUUUCUCUGCCCCAGUGCCUUCAAUCCAAACCUUUGUGCAGUUAAUUGUAUUGUUUUCAUAAUCAUUCAUUUCUUUACGGUUUUCUUAAAAAAAUCACUUGAUUUCACUAAUGAUCAUAAUAAAAAUAAAGUGGUCCAAACAAAACUGUGAAAGCAAAGCAGCACUGUGGAUUUUUCUUUAUAAAAGUGCAUGUAAUAGUGAGUUCAAGGCUUUUGUUAUCAACUUUAUUGUGAAUGUUUGCCCAAUAAUGACAUCCAGUGGCAGAUAAUAAAAGUUCACAUGCAA